AUGGAGGAGCAGGGCGACACCAGCGGCUCCAGCUCCGAGUCCCCGCCCGACAAGAGCCCCCCGGAAUCGGACUCGCCGUGGUCGUGGAUUCCCAUGAUGAGAGACCCCGGAUGGAUCCGGAGUGUGUGGUCCUCAAACAUUAACGCUCAGACCAUGAAUUACGUGGGGCAGCUGGCGGGCCAGGUGUUUGUCACCGUGAAGGAGCUGUACAAGGGCCUGAACCCCGCCACCCUGUCCGGAUGCAUCGACAUCAUCGUCGUCCGGCAGCCCAACGGGAGCCUGCAGUGCUCCCCCUUUCACGUGCGCUUCGGCAAGAUGGGGGUGCUGCGCUCCCGAGAGAAAGUGGUGGACAUAGAGAUCAACGGGGAGUCCGUGGAUUUACACAUGAAGCUGGGAGACAACGGAGAAGCCUUUUUUGUUCAAGAGACGGAUAACGAUCAGGAAGUGAUCCCCACGCACCUGGCCACCUCGCCCAUCCUGUCGGACGGCGCCUGCCGCAUGGAGAGCCAGCUGAGGCGGGGCCCCGGGGAGCGGGCGCGGGGCCCGCCCGGCGAGACGCCCUCCAGCGGCUCCCUGGGGAAGCAGCGCCGGAAGCGGCGGCGCAAGGCCCAGCUGGACAGCCUCAAGCGGGACGACAACCCCGGCACGUCCGAGGACGAGGACAUGUUCCCCAUCGAGAUGAGCUCCGACGAGGAGCGGGACCCCGUGGACAGCAGAACUCUUAAUAACGACAUACCUCCAUUCCAAGAAGAUGUUCCCAAGGAGAACCUGCUCCCAGUCACGCCUUAUUUUCAGUCAUCAUCGUACCCUAGUUCUGAGAGAGAGUGGUCACCCCACGCCAGUCCUUCAGGCUCCCGGCCUUCCACGCCUAAGAGCGACUCCGAGCUGGUCAGCAAGUCGGCCGACAGGGCGGCGCAGAAGAGCAACCUGGAGAUGCUGUGGCUGUGGGGGGAGCUGCCCCAGGCCGCCAAGUCGGCGACACACAAGAUGAAAGACUCGAGCCCGCGGAGCGGCAGGAAGUUCUCGGAGAAGGUGCACUUCCAGGCCAUCCACAGCGAGCCCGCCGAGGCCUUCGGGGAGCCGGAGCCGGAGCCAGAGCCGGAGCCGCAGCCGCAGGCCGAGGCGCCCCCCCUCCCGCGGCCGCCCCCGGAGCAGAGCCCGCCGCCCGCCCAGAUGCAGUUUGUGAACCAGGAGGACGUGGAGGCCCUGGGGGCCGCCGCCCCGGCCGCGCCCGCCCCCGAGGAGCCCCGGGCCCUCGCCGCCGCGUCCAGCAAGACGGACUCGCCGUCCAGGAAGAAAGACAAACGAAGCCGGCACCUCGGGGCGGACGGCGUCUACCUGGACGACCUCACAGACAUGGACCCCGAAGUGGCCGCCCUGUAUUUCCCCAGGAACGGGGACCCCGCCGGGCUCCCCAAACAUGCCGACAGCGGAGCCCGGUCAGCCAACCAGUCCCCGCAGUCCGUGGGCAGCUCUGGCGCCGACAGUGGCGUGGAGAGCACCUCGGACGGCCUGAGGGACCUGCCGUCCAUCGCCAUCUCCCUCUGCGGCGGCCUCAGCGACAACCGGGAGAUCACCAAAGACGCGUUUCUGGAACAAGCCGUGUCGUACCAGCAGUUUGUGGACAACCCCGCCCUCAUCGACGACCCCAACCUCGUGGUGAAGAUCGGGAGCAAGUAUUACAACUGGACCACGGCGGCCCCGCUGCUCCUGGCCAUGCAGGCCUUCCAGAAGCCGCUGCCAAAGGCCACGGUGGAGGCCAUCAUGAGGGACAAGAUGCCCCGGAAGGGAGGACGGUGGUGGUUCUCGUGGCGGGGAAGGAACACCACGAGCAAGGAGGAAAGUAAGCCGGAGCAGGGCCUGGCUGGCAAGAGCCACAGCACCGGGGAGCAGCCGCCGCCGCUCAGCAUGGCCACCAGGAUGAAGCAGGAGUCGUCCUCCAGCGACGAGGAGCACGCAGCCCCCCGGCCGUCCAGCGCCCCCCUGAUGCCCCUCCUGUCCAACGUCGGCUACAAGAAGACCCUGCGGCUCACGUCGGAGCAGCUGAAAAGCCUGAAGCUGAAGAACGGCCCCAACGACGUGGUGUUCAGCGUGACCACGCAGUACCAGGGCACGUGCCGCUGCGAGGGCACCAUCUACCUGUGGGACUGGGACGACAAGGUGGUCAUCUCCGACAUCGACGGCACCAUCACCAGGUCAGACACCCUGGGCCACAUUUUGCCCCAGUUGGGGAAGGACUGGACCCACCAGGGCAUUGCGAAGCUGUACCACAAAGUGAGCCAGAACGGGUACAAGUUCCUGUACUGCUCGGCGCGGGCCAUCGGCAUGGCGGACAUGACGCGGGGCUACCUGCACUGGGUCAACGAAAGGGGCACGGUGCUGCCCCAGGGGCCCCUGCUGCUGAGCCCCAGCAGCCUCUUCUCCGCCCUGCACAGGGAGGUGAUCGAGAAGAAGCCGGAGAAGUUUAAAGUCCAGUGCUUGACAGACAUCAGAAACCUGUUCUUCCCGAACACGGAGCCGUUCUACGCCGCCUUCGGAAACCGGGCGGCGGAUGUGUAUUCGUACAAGCAAGUAGGAGUGUCUCUGAACCGCAUAUUCACGGUCAACCCCAAGGGCGAGCUGGUGCAGGAGCACGCCAAGACCAACAUCUCCUCGUACGUGAGGUUGUGCGAGGUGGUGGACCACGUCUUCCCGCUGCUCAAGAGGAGCCACUCCUCGGACUUCCCCUGCUCGGACACGUUCAGCAACUUCACCUUCUGGAGGGAGCCGCCGCCCCCGUUUGAGAAUCCGGACGUGCACUCCGCCUCGGCCUGA